ACUUAGUGUAUUGAACAAAAAUCACUUGUAUAAUACGUUAAUUACCUUCGAAGUUGUGCUAUUGGCUUCUACCUUCAUUUUGUGGAUUUUUUCUGAAAUUUGGUAUAGGUCAGCGGCAUAGUUAAGAUUUAUGUUUUUCUUGUGAUCUUCCAUAGAUUUUACCUAGAGUUUAAUCUUGUUUAUCUUUAAAAUGGAAUUUUGAUUAUCUUUAAUGAACAAAAUGGUUUCACACUCGAAUAUUUCUGGUCUUGGUAGACACAAUCACACAGCUAAGGUCCACAAGGCUUCACAGUCCUCCAGUGCCGUUGAUUCUGGAGAAGCAGAUGAGUUCACACCAACUGCUGAAUUCUAUCAGUCUCGUUUUAAGGUUGUCAGCUUCUUUCGCGGUUUGGAAGUUUUAUUGGUCUCAGUUCUCUCCUUCGUAGUCUUCGUUUCACCAAAGAUUCAAAGAGGAGAUGAUGUCUUGGAUAAGCUUUUAGAUCUUGAUGCAUUCCUAAGGGAGAGGUUCUUGUUGUUACUUCAAUUUUACAGAAAGUGUCCUCUGGUAUUGCAUUUAGCAACUUUGUUCAGGGGCGAAUCUGGAAAGAUUUUCAGAUUAGUGGCAAAGACCUUCCCUCAGUACAAAUCCAAAUUAUCCUUCAUAUAUUCGUACAACACCAUCAACUUUUGGCUCUCCGGAUUUGUUUUCUUCACCUUCUUUUUCCUUUACGAGCUUUUUGUAAAUUUUGUGGAUAACUUGGUACUAUGGUAUGAAUCUAAAAUGGCAAAUACUUAUUGUACAAAUAUGAUACACCCGUCACGCUUUCACGAUAAGGAGUUUACAGAAAGGGAGGUAUCUAAGCUCCUGCACAGCAGUGAGUACCUUGACCUUAAGGCACGCAGAUUUGGUCUCGGUCCAGAAGCAUGGAACUGGCAGCUACGUAAAUCAAUAUAUGGAAGUGCCAAUAGAGCACCAUCGCAAAGUACGAAUGACUCAACAGACCAUGAAUCCGACCUAGAAUAAACCAUUGUAAAUUAAUAUUUAAGUACAUGUAUAAAAU